UUCGCCGGCUGUGGAUAAUUAAAUUUCAGCAGCAAAGCGAGCGCCAUGUAACCACGCUGCAAUUAAAAUUUGCUUAUGCCAAAGUGUGCUUAGAUUAAGUUACUCCAAACUUCGCCUACCACAAUAUAAGAGCCGUCGAAGAAAAGAACUCUGCCAGCAAAAUGGAGUUUACAAAUUUAGCCUGGCAGCGCAGUCGCCUGGACAUGGAGCGCUCGGCGUUGAGUGAGGAGCGCCUGUAUUACAUAGCGGCACAGCAGCCGCUGUUGCGCAACGAGGACGACUAUCCGGAGGCUGCGGAGGCGCUGUUGUACAACGGCAGCUCCACGGAGCAGCCGAUGCAAGGAGAGGAUGCCAGCUAUCCAUCGACCACGCCCGCCUUCAAUGUGACCGUAUUGCUGAACUUUAGCUGCACCGACUCCAGCUCCCAUUCGGAUGACCUGUGGUCCAGCGACUACUUCAAGAGCGUCGUCUACCUGCUCUACAUACCCAUCUUCAUAUUCGCCUUGCUCGGCAACGGCAUCGUCUGCUACAUCGUGCAAUCCACGCCGCGCAUGCGCACCGUCACCAACUAUUUCAUCGCCAAUCUGGCUCUGGGCGACAUACUGAUGUCGCUCUUCUGCGUGCCCUCCUCCUUCAUCUCGCAGUACAUUCUCAACUACUGGCCCUUCGGCAUCGUUCUGUGCCACUUUGUCAACUACUCGCAGGUGGUCUCCGUCCUGGUCAGCGCCUACACCCUGGUCGCCAUCAGCAUCGAUCGCUACAUAGCCAUCAUGUGGCCGCUGCGACCUCGCAUCACCAAGCGAUAUGCCAAAUUUAUUAUCGCUGGCGUUUGGUUUAUCGCUCUGGCCACCGCCUUUCCCAUACCCGUCGUCUCCCGACUGGAGGUGCCCAGCUCCAUAUGGCACGAGAAGUGCGAGAAAUACAUCUGUCGCGAGGUCUGGCCCUCGGCCGAGCAGGGCUACUACUACACGCUGACCCUGUUCACGCUGCAGUUCAUCGUGCCGCUGCUGGUGCUGAUAUUCACCUACACGCGCAUCGCCAUCGCCGUCUGGGGCAAGCGGCCGCCGGGCGAGGCGGAGAACUCGCGCGACCAGCGCAUGGCACGCUCCAAGCGCAAGAUGAUUAAAAUGAUGCUGACGGUUGUAAUUGUAUUCACAAGCUGCUGGCUGCCCUUCAACAUACUACAGCUUAUGCUUAACGAUGAGGAAUUCGCCAACUGGAAACCAUUGCCGUACGUCUGGUUCGCCUUCCACUGGCUGGCCAUGUCGCACAGCUGCUACAAUCCCAUCAUCUAUUGCUAUAUGAACGCCCGCUUCCGCGGCGGCUUCCUACAGAUCAUGUACCGCGUGCCGGGACUGCGGCGCUGCUGCUGCCUGCACCGCUAUCUGCGCAGUCGCGGCGAGCGCAGCUAUGAAGCUACCGGUGAGAUGACCUUCAAAUACAAUCGCCGAAAUGGCGAUGGUCUAGUAAGGAAACCUAAAAUACGCAUUAGGAACGGAAGAUGCAUUCCACCUACAUCGUGUGAACACCUGCACCACCUACAUCAGCACAAGGCGAAAGCUGCGCACCAAUUCUAUGCAAAUGAGCCAAUUUUCAUGUGCGGAGACCACAGUGUUGCGGUAGCUCCCGAUGUCGCAGAGAUGCCACAACCCCAGCUACAACUCCAGCUCCAGCCGCGCCGACCCGCUGCUUCGUUUCACCUGAAUGGCGCCAGCUACCUGUGCUCCUCCACUCAGUUCUGAGCAAAGUCGCUAAACCAAAGAUGUGCUGAAUCUCCUCUGAUAGAUAUCUAGUGCACACGUAUCGAAAAACCAAAACCAAACGAAACUAGCUGAGUGUCUACAUACUUAUAUGGCUAAGUGUAUUCCUGCAUAGAUGUUAACUCAAUGUAAAUGUAUAGAAAUGUAUAUUACAAAUAAUCAUAAAUAAAUGUGCAUAGAAAUUCCA